AUGGUUGACGCCCACCCCUACCCGACCUCGACCAUCUUUCCACUGAGUGCACCCGAUCUUGGCUACUCGCCCCCCGGAGGGAUACCCGGUUUUUCUUUCCCCUACCCGAAAAUGGCUGGGCUGUUCGGCCAAACCCAUGCACACAAGUACACGUGAGAAUUGCCUUGCCCUCGAAUUCGGACGUUCUGGCGGCGGGCGGGGGCGGACCCACCGCCGGCGGUGGAACUCUCGCUUGGGGGAAACAGCAUCAGGCAGACGGUCGGUACAAAUGAUCGAG